GGUAUAAAUUUGAUAUUUGGGAAAUUUGCGUGCCGUCUCGCACUCUGCCUCGGUGGCCAACAAUUUCUAGAGCAAGUGUUACCGAGAGAAAAACUACAAGAAGGUUUUCCUGUUUUGAUAUUUUUUAAGCUGACUACAACAUCUGUGCUACUUGUGGCGUGCUCCUGCACCAUUGCUUUGCCGCGGUACUAGGACAAGCUUACGCUGAUUUACGCUGGAGAUUAUCGUUUUCGAUGUUCGGAGUGAAAAUAGAAAAGAGAAACGGCCAAUGUCACCCAAUCGUUUGAGGUGGCACAAGUGUAGCGCACCUCCCAAUCCAUGAAAGGGGAAAACAGUGCUUUUAACCUCUAGUGUAAUGACCAGAUCAGAUUUAUUUUAUCGUAAGGACGCAUAAAGCUCGCAUUCCGCUACACCGUGGGUGACACAUUCCUUUGCGUAACCCUUCGGCCACAUUGCCAUUUGGCUGGCAAACGAAACCCCAUCGCUUCCGACAGAAGUACCACCGAUUCGAGACUGCUCACUCCAACCGUCGUGCCUCCCCGCUGAUUGUUGCUCCUCCGCUCCUUCAACGGAGAAGAGUGUUCUAUCAGGAAGCCAAAAAAAAAAAGGAAUACACCGAUACCGAAAAUGACAUCAUCGGCGGAACUAGAAACCUUGCGGUCCGAAAUCGAGCGUCUAACGCGAGAGCUGGAUCAGGUGAGCAGCGAAAAUAUUCAAUCUGCCAAAUACGGUCUAGGAUUGUUGGAGGAAAAGCAAAACUUGCAAGUGAAAUGUGAAGAACUGGAGUCGCUGUACGAGAACACCAAACAUGAGCUCGACAUUACACAAGAGGCUUUACAAAAAUUUCAAAAAACUCAACAAGUCACCACCAAAUCGGGCAUCGAGCAAGAAGAUGCAUUGCUCAACGAGUCGGCCGCGAUGGAAACAUCCCUCAACAUGCAGAUUGUGGAGCUGGAAAAUGAAACCAAACAGCUGCGCCACGAGCUAGAUCGUGUGACAAGUGAACGAGAUCGCAUGCUGCAGGAAAAUGCCGAAAUCGGGCGCGACAAGUCUGGUACGGAAGCAGAACGGGCACGGCUUAAAGCUGAGUUGAAGGAUAUGAAAUAUCGCGAAGCUCGCAUGCUGGCCGAUUACUCGGAGCUAGAGGAGGAAAACAUUUCCCUCCAAAAGCAGGUGUCCAGUUUGCGAAGCUCCCAGGUGGAAUUCGAAGGCGCUAAGCACGAAAUCCGGAGGCUGACAGAGGAAAUCGAGCUGCUGAAUUCACAGGUGGAGGAAUUGGCUAGUCUUAAGAAAAUUGCUGAAAAACAAAUGGAAGAUGCCUUGACUGCACUGCAAGUUGAAAGAGAGAAUAAAUACGCUUUGAAGAAAGAGCUUGAUACACAUAUCAACCGUGAAUCAAUGUACAAUAUUAGUAAUCUGGCAUAUAGUAUACGUAGUAUGGAAGAGAAUGCCCUGAACAGCAGCGAUUGUGAAGAGGAAAUCCCAGCACUGAGAGACUCCACCCUGAAAAGAUUGGAAGCAACCCUUGAAGCAGAAACUGCGGACCUGAAAUCACCCGAUGGCACAAAGGGCGAUCUGUUCUCGGAGAUUCAUCUGAAUGAGCUUAAAAAACUCGAGAAGCAGCUGGAAACAAUGGAAACUGAAAAGUUAUGCCUGACCGCAAAUCUUCGUGAUGCCCAGCAGAAUCUAGACAAAAGCCAAAACGACUUGCAAAACUUUAUGGCAAAGUUGAUGUUACUGGCAGCACACGUUGAUGCGCUUCAUACGCUCAAGAAACAAAUUCAAAUUGAGGAAAAUAUAACCGUAUCUACAGCAAAGGACAAGGAUGUGAAUGAUAAAUUGAAUGAAGCUAUCAUGCAAUACUCGAGCUGGUUCACCUUAAGCUCGAAGGAAAUAGAUACUCUCAAAGCUGACCUGGCUGAAUUGCAGAAGGGCUUGAACUGUUCUGACGCAAUGACUGUACUGCGCAAUGAAAUAACAAAUCUCAAGAACAAGCUGUUGUCUGUUGAACAGAAAUCAUUGGAUUUGCAUAGUGACAUCCAGGUACUUACGACACUCUCACAAACAGCGGGCCAGAGUUUGAACACGACGCGAACUAAUUUAGUUGCACUAAGCGACGACCUGGCCCAGUUGUACCACUUGGUGUGCACGGUAAAUGGUGAAACUCCAAAUCGUGUACUGUUGGACCAUAAGAACGACGACUUAAGCUUCGAGAACGAUUCCUUGACGGCAAUUCAAUCACAGCUGAAAUCCGACAUUCUUACAUCCAAGCCUCAUGUUUUUGAGGACCUGCAAGCACUCAGCGAUGCUGUCGAGAUUCGCAAGUACGUUGACACUGUGAGCGAUCAAAUUCGGUACCUCAAGACAGCUGUCGAACAUACAAUCGAGCUGAACAAGGAUAAGGUGGUGACCGAUUCCUCCGCUACAUCCUCGGGCGAUGUAAAGGAGGCAAAGGAAGAAAUAGCUGAUCUGCACGAACAAAUCAUCAAAUUGCGCAGCUUACUGUCGACGAAACGCGAGCAGAUCGCCACGCUGCGCACUGUGCUCAAGUCGAAUAAGAACACAGCCGAGGUGGCGCUGACAAAUCUUAAAUCCAAGUACGAAAACGAAAAGUUGGUCGUCAGCGAUACGAUGUCAAAGUUGCGAAACGAGCUGCGCAUCUUAAAGGAAGAUGCGGCCACAUUUUCAAGUCUCCGCGCUAUGUUUGCGGCUCGCUGCGAGGAGUAUGUCACUCAGGUUGACGAACUCACGCAUCAGCUUGCGGCGGCUGAGGAGGAGAAGAAAACGCUUAAUCAGCUACUUCGAUUGGCUGUGCAGCAGAAACUUGGACUGACGCAAAAGCUCGAGGAGCUUGAGAUGGACCGUGAAAUGCGUCAUGUGCGCCGGCCGGCAGCUUCGCAGCGCGGCGGUGGAGGAGGUGGCGGCAAGUCAGCCUUCUCUCGUGGGCAGCCUGCCCGGAACAGCCUUCAGAAUCCGAACAGCAACAACAAUAGUAACAAUCCGAACCAAGCUUUCUUCUAACAUAAGGUGAGCGUACAGCGUAAAAUUCUAGCGUUCCUUUACACACUGCUUAAGCUGUAACGGGGGAAUCGCUAGAGGAACGAGUUGUAGUUUUAGUUAAUGCAAAGUGGCGGACGAA